AUGGCAGCGCUUGCGAACGACAGCGGCGGCAGCACCCAGAGCCGGAGCAGCAGCCUCGGGAGCCGGGAGGGAGUUGGGGGUACUGCGGCGGGAGCUCGCGACGAUGGGGACACCGCAGUCCGGGACACCGCGGCGACCGCCCCCAGCCUCCCUCCUCUCGAGGACUACGAGUGCAAAAUCUGCUACAACUACUUCGACGCGGACCGGCGCGCCCCCAAGCUGCUGGCUUGCCUGCACACCUUCUGCCAGGAGUGCUUGAGCCAGCUGCAGCUCCGCGCCGCCGCCGCCGCCAGCGCGGCACCUGAGCGCGCGCAGCGCCCGCCACCCUGGCACGGCCCGCCCGGCGCCAUCGCGUGCCCGGUGUGCCGCCACCGCACGCCGCUGCCGGACAGCCGCGUGCACGGCCUGCCCAACAACACCAAGCUCGCCGAGGCCUUCCCGCUGGCUUUGCGCGCCGCGCACGAUCCGCUACCCCAGGACCGGCUCCCUCCUCUGGCCUCCCGCCGCCCCGCAACCGCUGCCUCGCCGCCAGCCGCCACCCCGCAGCCGCCGCAGCCGGCGCCACCACCCGCGGAGGACACCGCCCCAGGGCCUCAAGGCCGCCCAGGCCUCCGCGCCCCGGGAGCCUACGAGAGCUGUCAGAACUGCAAGCGUGCAGCGCUCACCGCCGGCUGCGUCUGCGUGGUCUUCUCCUUCCUUUCCAUGGUGGUGCUGCUGUUCACCGGUCUCAUCUUCGUCAACCACUACGGCGGCGGCGGCGGCGGGGGUGGGGGACCCCCGGGCAGCGGUUCGUCCCCCGGUCCCGCCCCAGCUCCAGGAGGAUCGCCCUCGCCCUCGCCCUCGCCCGUAGGACCCAUCUGUCUGUCAGUGGCUAGCAUCCUGGCACUCUUCUCGGUGGUGGUCACCUGGAUCAUCUGCUGGCUCAAGUAUCGGCCCGAGGGGGCGGCCGCGGGCUCCGCAGCAAGCGGCGGGAGUGGCUCCAGGGCGCGGGCAGCCGCAGCUCCCGGCAGGAGGAGCGACAGCCUGUGUGAUCCUGGUGCUGAUGGAAGCCAGAAGAAGGUUUUGGAGCCUCUGGAACUGGAGUAG